AUGACGGAAGAAGCUGACCAACUGGAUUGUAGCGCAAUCAUACUGGAUGGGAGUGCUGUCUCUGGCAACAGCAUCGGCGAGUCAAAAGGCACCGCGGCUGGGUCAACGUUGCGGGAUUUGGAGUUAGAAGAAGACGAGUGGGCAAGGGCUUCAGCAAACGAUUUCGUUGGGGACGACGUGCAGGCCAAGUUUUGGGAAAUUUAUGCGAGCGGCCCGGCGCACCAGGCGCGCCGGCCCGACUCGUCCCGCGGCCGAUACAUUCGACGGUGCGAGAACGACGCGUUGCUACCGCUCCCAGUAUUUGAUUUUCGGCUGGCGAAAAAACCUGCGCCUCGAUACACGGAGAACGGCGAGCUCCACUACAGCAACUACUUUCUCGGCGACAAGCGCGCUGAAGCGAUGGGAGACGCGCUCGAGCUCCUGCCAGUGCAUGUGACAUCGAUAUCCAUGACAGACACAGGCAUGACGGGACAAGGGUCUGCGGCAGUCGUGAAAGGUGUCGUGAAAGACGACUUGGUGGAACUGAACUUGUCCCACAACAAAGUCGGCGUCAAGGGAUACAUGAAGCUCAACGCUGUCCUAGACAACGCGGCGCUGCAUCUGAAAGUGCUAAACCUGGCCAACAACAACUUGGGAGACCAAAGCGUGACGGCUCUCGUGCGGGCGCUGCUCAAGCGAUGUACCCUCACCACGCUCAACUUGAGCCACAACAAGGUAUUUCACUCCGCGACCAUCUUGGGCGAACUACUCCUUGUAAAGAGUUCGCUCACGAGUUUGGACUUGAGCUGGAACCAAAUCCGAGGCGAGCCCGCGUGCCACCUCGUUCAAGCCAUGGUCGAAAAUAACACGCUGCUGGACUUGAUCCUGUCGGACAAUUCGCUCGGGAAUUCCGGUGGCGCCGACAUCCAGCUCGCGACCAGUUUGCUUGAGAAUAAGACGCUCAAGCGACUCAACGUGAGCAACAACCACAUCAAAGGGCGGUCCAUCUUCGUCUUUGUGGACCUCUGUACCAAGAACUCAACGCUCGAGCGGCUGAACGUCGGUAGCAACCCAAUCGGGACGGCCGGCGUCGAGGCCAUUUUGUACGCCAUGGCGUCGUCCUCGAUGAAGUGCGAGUGGGAAGUCGCCGACUGCAACAUUGACAUCCAAGAGUACUUGUACAGCCACACGUAUUGCACAGGGCCGUACACGCUGGACCUGGACGACCGCAGCGACGUCUUUGUGCUCAAGGAGCUCCUGACCAUGUACGCCCAGAACCGGCUUGUGCUUUCGAACGUCCUCCACGACGGCCGCCCGAUCACGCUGCCCAAAGGGCAACUCCCACUUCCUCCGACUGCGAAGUGGGAAAAAGGUCAGGUGCCAAACCACGGCAAGCUGUCGUUCCUUGCGACGCAGGACGAAGAAUCAUGUCCAGAUCUGCACCUGAAAGAAGCGCCGUUCCAACGGCUCAAGCAGCUCAUCGGGACAUCGUUUGCGCUGGACGACUACAAGAAGAUGACUAUGAUCAAGAUCCUGGCCGACGGGUUCUGCGUCACCGUCAAGCAGGCCAACGCGUUGCUGAAACUGUUUGAAAGCACAACUUGCCAAGCAGAGAAAGCGUCCGCCGCCGUCGCGCUCAUCCCUCGCAUUUCCAACUCGGAACACCACACAAUCGACGACGAAAACUACAUGGGGAGCCCGGGGCCGAUUGGUGGCGUCUUUUUUGAAGACAAAGACAACGAUGGGAAAAUUGACGUCUGCGGCGACAUCACGGUCCUCGUGGGUCUGACCAACCUCUCGCAGAUCGAGCAAGGAUACGUCGAGCAGAAGCUGGGCAAGUGGAUUGCAUUCAACCCGGCCAACCCGACGGGGUUCUAUCGCCUCAACAUGUCCAACUUCGUCGACCGGCGCAUCAUGUUCUGCCUCAUUGAGGCGAACGCUGCCGACCGCAAGUUUCGCAUGGCAAAUAAACUGCCAGACGUGUCGCAGUUUGGCAUGAACAACGGAUUUCGUAACGCCAGGUACAACCACAAGGCAAUCGUGUUUGACUCGUCCUGGUCGUUGCCUCGCUUUGGCGUGCUCGAAUUUGAUUUCGUCGUGACGCGGCGGCCGCCGCACGGCGCGAUUCCCAUUACGGACGCCGCGUUCGAGCAGUUUUUCAAAGAAUUCAAAGCCAUUCCAGAUAUGAAACUCGUGGGUUUGCGGGCCAUUUCGAAUCGGUAUUACUUUACCGCGCGCCAUGCCCAGCGCUUGAUGGAAUACUUCAGCCCGUAUGAGAAACUCAACAACGUCGUGGUCCGCCUCGAAGUUUUUGUCAUUCUUCUCGGCCGUAUCGUCGACGAAAGCAAUUUCAACGAUGCUCUGAGCGUCUUGGACAGCAGUAGCCGCAAGAAACUUAUCGAUCGCGUCGGCAUCGUCCAGGUGUUCAACCCGAUCUCGCCGUGCGGAAAGUACGAACUCAACUUGGCCGAGCACGACCACCGCUACGUCGCGUCGAUUUUGCUCCAGCUCGCUCAUGCGGAAGAAGGAACGUUGAUGGAAACUGUCCUCGACGGAAAGGACGUGCCGGACAUGCUGAAGGAAUGGGGCGACGAGGCGGACAUUCCAACCACCGGUGCGUUCAAGUGCAAGUUCAUGACGACGAACCGGUGCCACUCGAUUAUGCAACUCCAAGAAAACAGCGUUCGACGACGGAUCUCGGCCACCCUUUUGUUCAAACCGAAUGAACUCGGCGCGUGA